UUUAUAUAAGGGGUGCCCACUCUAUACAUAAGGUAUUUACCAUUUCCAGGGAUAUAGAAACCAAACAGCAGACACCACACACAUUGAGGCCGCGACUAUGAGCUCCCAAAGACAAAAUCUAGACUCUAAAUCUUGCGAGUCGUCCCAAUAUCAUAUAGCUUUGUUUCCUUUCAUGUCAAAAGGACACACUAUCCCUCUCCUCCACCUAGCCCACCUCCUCUUCCGCCGUGGCAUCGCCGUCACUGUCUUCACCACUCAUGCAAAUCACCCCUUCAUCGCUGACUUUCUUUCCAAUACUGCUGCCUCUAUAAUUGACCUUGCAUUCCCCGAUAACAUACCCGAAAUUCCCUCAGGAGUUGAGAGCACAGACAAACUUCCUUCCAUGUCACUGUUUCCUCCUUUUGCACUUGCCACCAAACUCAUGCAACCUGACUUUGAUGAGGCGCUUAAAUCUCUUCCACUUGUUAACUUCAUGGUGUCAGAUGGAUUUCUGUGGUGGACUGCUGAUUCUGCUAUGAAGUUUGGCAUUCCAAGAUUGAUUUUUUAUGGUAUGUCUAACUACUCUUCAUGUGUGGCAAAAUCUGCAGCAGAGUGCAACCAUUUAUUUGGGCCUGAGUCAGCUGAUGAUUUAAUUACUCUGACUGAGUUUCCAUGGAUUAAGGUCACUAAAAAUGAUUUUGAACCAGUAUUUUUAAACCCUGAACCAAAAGGUCCUCACUUUGAAUUCAUACUAAAAACAGUGAUAGCGUCAUCAAUAAGUUAUGGAUACUUAUCAAACAGUUUCUAUGAGCUCGAGUCUGUUUUUGUUGAUCACUGGAACAAACAUAAUAAACAAAAGACCUGGUGUGUUGGACCCUUGUGUUUAGCCGGCACAUUAGCUGUUGAAAAUGAACGGCAGAAGAAGCCAACUUGGAUUCUUUGGCUAGAUGAGAAGCUGAAGCAAGGAAGCGCAGUCCUAUACGUGGCGUUUGGCUCUCAAGCAGAGAUAUCAACAGAACAACUCAAAGACAUAGCUAUAGGGUUAGAAGAAUCCAAGGUAAACUUCUUGUGGGUGAUAAGGAAAGAAGAAUCAGAAUUAGGAGAUGGGUUUGAAGAUAGAGUAAAAGAAAGAGGGAUUAUAAUAAGGGAGUGGGUGGAUCAAAUGGAGAUACUAAUGCAUCCAAGUGUUGAAGGGUAUUUAAGCCAUUGUGGGUGGAACUCAGUUUUGGAAAGCAUAUGUGCAGGAGUGCCAAUUCUUGCAUGGCCAAUGAUGGCUGAGCAACCACUGAAUGCAAGAAUGGUAGUGGAGGAGAUCAAAGUAGGGUUGAGAGUAGAGACAUGUAAUGGAUCGGUCAGAGGCUUUGUGAAGUGGGAAGCGUUAAGAAAGAUGGUGAAUGAGCUGAUGAAUGGAGAGAUGGGGAAGGAAGUAAGAAACAAUGUAAAGAAAUAUGCAGAAGUGGCCAUGAAAGCUAUGGAGGUGGGAGCUGGUUCAUCUUGGGGAACGUUAGACAUGCUGAUUGAGGAGAUUUGCAAUUAAUGGAAAAGAGGGUAUUGAUGUCUAGAGAGCUGUUGACAUGCUCGUUCAUCACACGCAAAGUUCCCGGCAAAAUGGAGCUACUGAAAUUGCCAGAGAGGAUGAGAAUUUGGUGCUGAAUUUGCUACUUAAUUUCUAAUUUCCUGAGACACAGUUUGGCAUAAUUAAUUGUGGCAAGUACCAAGAUUACUAGCAUUAGUAGCUUUCAUAUCAAUUAUAAGUUUAUAACAACUUAAAAAUACUUUGCAUUUGGAAAAUUCUCUUUUUAUGAUAUAUAACAUUUUGCAAAUUAUUA